ACAUUACUUCUAGCAUCUGCUUUAAUCAAAUUUAUAUGGUCAAAUGGAAACACUACAUCUGGUAUGAUGGUUUCUGAAAUAGGUGAUCACUCAAAUGCACAUAGUCCAUUUUCUGUGUUAAUGAAAGGAGCUUUACAUAUGGGUGUUAGUGGUAAUGAAAUAUCUGGUUUAAUGAGGAAGCGCGAACCUAGCAGCAGUGAAAGAAGUGUUAGUAUUGAAGCAAGUAAUAGUGAGGAUGAGCGCAGUGAUGUUAGACAUGUUCAUACAGCUAGUGAAUUGGAUAGCUCUCAAAUAAGUGAUCGUCCAAGAAGUAGCAUAGAAGGAAGUGAGCAUACUGGAGGUAGCCCCUCAAGCAGCCCAUGUGAUGUUGAACAACAUAAGCGCAUCUUAAAACAAACUCAACGAAAGCGUAACACUUCUCAAAGACAUCAGAAUGGUAGAAAAUGGCGACAUACAUGUUCAGGACAUGUUAGACAAACUGCUUUUGUAGAAAAUAAGCCUCAAUUUGUUGAAAAUAGUUCUAGUGGUGAAGAGAGUGAACUGAGCAGUGUGACUGAUGAUAGUCUUCAGAGUGAUACUGAUGCUGCUGAUUGCUCAGAAGAACCACUCUUAGAUGUGCCUAUUCCUAAAACUCAAUUAAUGGAAAACUCUGAAGAUUCUAGUAGGGAGUGUAAUAAACCGUGCAAUAUGUGGAGUCGCAAAAUGAUCAGGCGGAAACGUGCUCGAUAUGUGGCUAGUAAAAAACAAGCUCGAUGUGUUAAAAAGAGGCAUCCUAAUCCUGUAAUAAAGGCUGAACUUUCCGAGGAAAGUGUUGAAAAUUGCAAUCCUAAUUCUGCAUUGCAUGAUUCAUCGCCUGUGAGGUGUGUAACUCCAGUAAAAGAUAGUGAUAAUGACUGCAAAAAGUUUGUGAACAAUUCUGGUGAUCAUAAACAUUCUGACCUAUCUCCAAAUGCUGACAAAAAACACUUGCAUAGGCCUGCUGCUCCUCAAAUUCUACCUGAACUUGUAAAAGCUGUUUUAGAAAGAGAUGAAAAUUUGUCUGGUUUCAGUGAGAGCUUAGAAAAUGAUAUGUAUGAAUGUAGGCAAUAUCUUGCUAAUUUAAGACCCCAACGUCAUGUUCCUGUUCCUGGCGAGUUAGUGGAAGAUAUCUUAAGUCCUGAUGAUGGAAGUUGCAAUAGUUCUCAUGUCAGUAACAAAUCGGAAAAGAAUUUAGCUGAUUUUGAUGGUGAAGAAUCGGGAUGUGAGGAUGAACUUGCACAGCUGGCUGCUCAUGCACAAGCUCAACUGAACUCUCAUCCUAUGACUCAAAGGCUCACAAAUAUGGCAUGUAUGUAUACACCUCAGUUACAUGGUAGCAGUAAACAUACUCAUCACUUUCUAGGCCGCACCCCAAGGGAGGUGAGGCAAGCAAUAAAUCACUUUGAACUGGACUCUGUGUGUGAACCAGGACAGACUUUAUUGUGGGAUAUAUUACAAGAUGAUAAAAUAGGUCAGUUGAGUGAAGGACUGGCAAUAGAAGCUGAAAAAAUUCUUUGCAGUCUUGUUUGCUGGUCUACAGAUAAAAUGAUAAGGAUGAAAUUUAUUGAAGGCUGCCUCCAGAAUAUAGCUAAUAACAGGUCUGUUAUAAUUUCUAUGCGUUUAUUGCCAAAGUUAUUUGCAUCCUUUCAACAGUUUAGAGGAAGUAGUGAUACACACUCAGUAACAAUAUGGGCAGAAAAGGAACAUAAAAUGAUGAAGCACUUUUUCAAUAAUCUUGUUACUUACACAUCAAGCCUGCGAAAUAAUAAGUUUUGCAUGUAUUCUCAUAAAGACGAAAUUCAAGUCCGUUUGCAUUUUUUAACAUGUGUAUUUUCUACUGCUGGAUCUCCAGAAAAUUUUCGUUUGAAUCAUGAGCAAGUUGAUAUUUUAUGGCAGUGUUUAGCAACUGAUUCUGAGUGUGCAGACGAAUUGUUUGGUUGGCUUUUAAAUCAAGCUAAAGGAAAAGAUCAGCAUGCCCUUAGUAUUUCUUUAUUUAAACAUGUUCUUCUUGAAAAAAUGCCUCAGUUACCUCCUGAAUCAACAAGUAUGAUGGCUUUAAAUCUUCUGCAGCAACUGAGUAGCAUAGCACAUUUAGCAACUGCAUCCUAUGACACUCCAUCUUCAGCAGCAGAUGUUAGUGGAAUGAGACAGCUAUGGGGUAUAGCACUCCGUGCUCUUAACACGGACGUCAGUAUGGCUGCCAUUCAGUAUCUGAAUAAUUAUUAUAUUAAUGUACAUCAUGGUACUUUAGAGAAAGAGGAAGAAUUUAUUGAACAGUGCAUGGAAAGUUUAAUGAAUGCUUCUGAAAAACCUGAAGAAUCUGAAGAGCAUAAUCUGAUGAUUAUUCAGAGAGCACUACUAUUAUUGAAAACACACAUUGAAGCAUUUAGACGACGAUAUGCAUAUCAUCUUCGAAGAUGGCAACUUAAUGGCCAUGGUGUAAAUAGUCAUAGAUCUAAUAUUGGUGAAAAGCAAGUUUCUGCUUUAAGAAUUAUCUGCCAGCCAGCUGGUUUAUCUGAAAAAGCAACUAUUGAAUUGCAAAACUGUGAUACUGUUGCCGACUUGCGAGCUGAAGUUACUCAGUGGUGGGAACAGCUACAAGCAAAGCACAGAAGAGAAAGUGAUCAGAAAGACGGUAGUUCCUCAUCGAAGGUGAAUGGAACAUCGGGGGGAAACAUUUGCCCAAUUUUGGGUAAUAUGCUGUCUGAUGGACCAAUAAGAAUGAUUUCUCAAGGUCAAGAAUUAACUUGCGAUCUUGAUGAGAAAAUAUUAUCAGAAUUAGGCAUUAAAGAUCAUCAACUAGUUUUUGUAUCUGUGGGAGCCCCACGCCAGUCUCGUCGUAGAGAAGGCUUGGAGCCAGCAUCUACUUUGCCCCCACCUCCAAGAGAAAGACUGCCUCUUGUGUUAUUGUUAAAAACAACAUAUUUUGAACAACUUUUUGGUCUAAUGCAACAUUUAGGCUCUUUUAGAUCUAUAUCUGAGACAGGAAAUACUCUUCCACACACAAAAGCACAAAUAUUAUCAAGGAGAGUGUGGGAAAUAUUAAUGAUGUUGCCUACAUCGCCAACUAUGUUACAGGGUUUCAAAGACAUAACCAAAAGUUCAGAUUCUGGCGAUUGCUCAAAUAAUGCACUACAAUCAUUAAUAAAUCCAAAAAGUCCACAGAAGUUAAUGUAUUCCCUACAGAUAGUCGAGUCUUUGAAACAAAACAAGGUUUCUGAGUCACUUGAAUUUAUAUCUGAAAAUUCUGAUAAAGAUCCAAACUCUGAAAAGGAUAAUACAGCCUGGUCUGCAAAAUUCAUUGAAUGUGGUGGCCUGAAUCAUUUAUUCGACAUUUUUAUGUCUGGAGUUUUACAGUCUCGAGAAGGUGCUGAGUGGAAUGAAUGGAAUCAAGACUGCAUAGCAUGUUUGUUACGCCUUAUUUAUCAGUUUGGCAUUGAAGGUAAUGAUGAUGACUGUGUAGGUGGAGAUUCUGAUUUACCAAGAAAAAGGGCUAAGAGAAUACGAAAAAGUAGCAGUGAUAAACUUCUUAUACCAAAACUAAAUAAGGUAAUGUUGCAAGUAAUGAGUGACACUGAAUCUGUCUUGAAAGCGAUACUCUCAUUAUUGUGUGAAGCUGCAUCACCUUGCGAUCCAAAUCAGUACAAGACUGGUUUUUGGGGCCGAGCUCAGGUAGUUUCUUGUGCAAUGACUCUUUUAGUGUCUUGGGCAUUUUCUGAGCCACAAGUUCAAGUUCACUUGUUUCAGUAUCCAUCAUUAGAUACUUUAUUAAAAAGACUAGUCCUUGAUGAUCCAGAGCCUGCUCUAAGAAGAGAAGCAUGCACAGGUUUCUACCGUUUGUGUCUUGGUUCAAAUGCAGAUGGUAAUACGGGUUAUCAUUUUGUUGUUCCUCUGCUGAAUAGUCUUCUCAGUUUUUUAUCUGUAGCACAAAAUAUGAAACCUCCUCGCCCAGAUGAAGAAGACAAAGAACCGUAUGGUCCUGGCUGUAAAGAUUAUUUUUGGCUUGUAUGUAGGCUUGUCGAUAGUCUGGAUGAGGAGGCUUUGCAAGAUAAUAAAGAUCAAAAAACAGCUCUAGACCUAGAGAAACUUGCAAGGUACCUUGCAGAAUCCGUAACUACCAGAGAUUACAGGGAAACAAGGCAUAAUACUAUUGAAGACGAUGGUUUAAGAGGCUUGAUCAAUUUGAUGACGGUUGUAAUGAAACAUAAUUUAUCAUUCAAGUGUUCUAAAGAGGGAAAAGAAUUAGUUCUUCAUUUAUUUGAUGCACUCUUUGCCCUCCCAAGUCCAAAGCAACGACAUUUGCCCAAAUGUAAAUCUCCAUCUGUGCGUUCUGCUGCCUAUGACCUUCUUGUUGAAAUGCUAAAAGGAUCCAUUGAAAAUUACCAAGUUUUGCAUGAGAAGUUGUUGCUACAGCAUAUGCCAGAUUCUCAUAAUCCUUAUCCAUGGGACUACUGGCCUCACGAAGAUGGACGAGCUGAAUGUGGUUAUGUUGGAUUGACUAAUUUAGGAGCUACUUGUUAUUUGGCUUCAUGUAUCCAGCAUUUGUAUAUGUUACCUCAAGCAAGAGCAUCAAUUUUAUCAGCAAAGAUUGAUGAGAACUGCAAGCAUGAAAAUACUCUCAGAGAAUUACAGCGGAUGUUUGCCUACUUGCUUGAAAGUGAAAGAAAAGCUUAUAAUCCACGUGGGUUCUGUAAAGUGUACACAAUGGAUCAUCAGCUGUUAAAUACUGGAGAACAAAAAGAUAUGGCUGAAUUUUUCACCAACCUAAUCAGCAAGUUAGAAGAAAUGACACCUGAACUU